CGUACGGCCCCGCCCCUCAGUCCUCCGAGAGCCAAUCGCAGCUCGGGGGCGGGGCCUGGGGCUAUAUAAGGGAGCUCAGUGGGCUCCUCCGUCUUUCCGGGUCGGCUACGGAGUCUGAAGCCGCCGCAGGAUCCGGAGCUGUCGUAUCUCCUCCCUUUCUCCGUCCGUUGCAACCAAUAAAGGCCAAGGCCGUUGGUACCGUUUUAGGCUUCUGCGUGGAGUUCGGGCGACAUUGCAGCAUUUCUGGAUGGCGGCGCUGCGACGAACCCUCCAGGUGGCCACCCGGGCUGCGGGCACACGCCGCGCCUUGGCGGGCUCCCUGGCCGGUAGCUGCCUGGCGGACCGCUGCCUCUGGGAUAAGCUCCACGCCCAGCCCCGGCCGGGCCGAGCCCCCACCUUCGACUGGUUCUUUGGGUUUGAGGAAGCCCAGGGCCUCCUCCUGCCGCUGCUGCAGGGAGCCCAGGCUGCCCGUCCACUGCGGGUGCUAGACGUGGGCUGUGGGACCUCCAGCCUGAGUGUAGGCCUGUACGCCAAGUGCCCACACCCAGUGGACGUGCUGGGGGUGGACUUCUCUCCCGUGGCCGUGGCCCACAUGAACAACAUCCUGGAAGGUGGCCAAGGCCAGACACCCCUGUGCCCUGGGCACCCUGCCUCCCGCCUCCGCUUUAUGCAGGCUGAUGCCCAGAACCUGGAGCCAGUGGCUUCCGGCUCCUUCCAGCUAGUGCUGGACAAGGGCACCUGGGAUGCUGUUGCCCGAGGUGGUCUGCCUGGGGCUUACCAGCUGCUGUCCGAAUGCCUGAGGGUCCUCAGCCCCCAGGGGACCCUGAUUCAGUUCUCAGAUGAGGACCCUGAUGUGCGGCUUCCCUGCCUGGAGCAGGGAUCCCCAGGGUGGAGUGUGACUGUGCAGGAGAUGGGCCCUUUCAGGGGCAUCACCUACUUUGCUUACCUGGUUCAAGGCUCUCAUUAAAGACAUAGACUUGACCCUAGGGUUCUUGUUGGGUGAGGAGAGAUGGAGAGAGCUUUGCCUUUGCAAGAUGGCUAGAGAAUAAGGAUUUUAGUCCUGGCUUCCAUGGUUACUAACUAGGUGCACAAGCAUUGACUGCCCGUUUACUCACCGGCAGGGUAGGAAUAAUACCUGGAUUUAUGGGUAUUGCAUACAUUGACAGCUAAAACAUUUAUUAGAAGCAGUCCCAUAGAGAAGAUAUAAGUGGAUUAUUCCCCACCCAAAUCCCAGCAUCGACUGAUAUGUGACCCAGUGGCCUAACCUCUAAGCUCAUUUUUCUCACCUGUAAAAGGGAAAGAUUGUGAGGACGGGCAGAGGGGCUCCCUAGACAAACCUAGGUGAAAUGUUGAGAGAACAAACAGUACCCUCAGCUCCUGGGCGGCCGGAAAUGGCAGUAUUCCAUUAGGUGGCUUCUGCAGACCCCAGAGAGGACUGGGAUUGGGAGCUUCCUGAUACACUGUCCUCCGGAACCCAGCAGGCAUCUUGCUCUACCUGUUCCUGCCCCGAGCUGAGUUCUGGAUUAAAGGUUCUCACGAGAGAUCUGGGGUCCAGUGGGCUAAAUGUCCAGUCUGGGUUGGGGGAGGGGAGUUAAGAGCCCAUUAGCAGUGAGAAAUGUUCCUGAUACAUUGACCUUUACUAAAAUGAACUUGUGUUGCCCUGGCUGGUUUGGCUCAAUGGAUAGAGCGUUGGCCUGCGGACUGAAAGGUCCCACAUUCGAUUCCCGCCAAGGGCACAUGCCUGGGUUGCGGGCUUGAUCCCCAGUAGGGGGCGUGCAGGAGGCAGUCACUCAAUGAUUCUUAAUGAUGUUUCUAUC